AUGGCAGCAGCCAAGAGGAGUAUGAAACAACAGACCCUGGAGGCCACUUUUGGCCGCUCGAUCGUAAAGUCGAAGCAGCAGGGCGGCAACGAACAUAUAUGCUCUACCGCUAAGAAUAAUUCUGCUGCGGUGGUGCAGAGUUCUUCGCCGCUUCCGCCAUCUUCUUCGAUGAACUUUUCGUUUAUGGGCUCAUCUCAGUUGGCGAGUGCUAGAAAAAAAAUGUUCGUUGUUCGGGAUGUUUCUUCGGAAGAUAGCAGCGAGUCGGAGAAUGAGCCCGAGGUUUCUGUAGAGAUGAGUAUCGAUGCUCCCAACGACGAGAACAAGGGCAACGGCUCAUCUUCAUCUAGUAAGAGCUCGUCCGAUGAUAGUGAUGAAGAGAGCGAAGCCAAGCUCCCAUUCAGGAGAAUCCAAAGAACUAAGCGCCGCAUUUCAACAUCGUCCUCUGAGGCUGCCGACAAUAAUGAUAACAAGAUAGCUUCCGGUCGUCCCGAGAAACCGAUAGUCGACGAUACUGAUGACGAUGACGAUAAGCCCCUACAGCGACCUGCUACCAAGCGUCGUCGCCUUGUCUGCCGCAAUUCGGUUCAGGCUCAGAAUACCAGCAACGAAGACAACGAUGAGAACGAAGAUGAAGAACAGCCUGAGCUUAGGGUUAUUACAAGGCGCACUCGGAGCGCACGUAGGCCGCUCACGGCAAAGGCUAAGGCACUGGAGAGGCUCCGUCGCAAGAAAGCUGGUCAGGCAGUCGACGACGAUGAAUCUUCUUCCGAAGAAGAAGAGCGCAAGCCUCUAUACGACUACGAUCCGGACCAUAUGGCCUUGCAGGAGUUUCCCGACGAUGAAGAGGGCGUCAUCCAGUUGAAUGUCGAUAAUCAGUCCAAAGAGAACCACAGGAAGAAACGGAGUGGCGAUGACGAUUCAGCAGGCGACAUGGACGACUUCAUCGAUGACGACAGCGAUCAGCCUAUCGGCUUCCCUGAGGAUGUCGAGAUACCCAUGCAGUUCUCUAAAUGGGCAACUCAGCCGCUCAAGUUUCAUUUCAAAAUUGUCAUCGAGUGGCUUAUCAAGUUCAAGCUGAAUCCAGGCUUCAAGAGGGAUAUGCCCAUCUACCAGAUCGCUUGGAGAAAGAUUGAUGACGAAGUUCAAGGGCUUUCCCACUCUAAGUUCUCCUCCAGUGUUUGGAGAGUAGACUUUUCCAAAGCUCUUCGGGCACGGCCAUACAUCGAAACCCACGAAAUACCAAAGAAUGAUGCCGCAAGGAUCACAACCUGUGAUGCCUGUGGUCGGACCAAUCAUCCCGCUAGCUGGGUAAUCAGCUUCAAAGGCGCAGCGUACCACAAGAAGACUGGAGAUCUGACCCGCUUCCUGGAACCUGUUAAGGCCGAGUCCAGCGAUAAUGGUGGUGAAUCAGACGAAGACUCUGACGUUGACUGGGAUGAAGACGAAGACGGCAACGACAUCCCCAAAGCAACCAAACAAUGGUUCGUUGGCGCAAACUGUAGCGCCAACGCCGAGACCUCCCACACACUCCUCCACUGGAAAAUCAAUCUCCUCAAUUGGGUCGACACUCGCUUGUCCGAAGAAGGGCACAUGACACCCGCCAAGGUGGCCGAGCGCAAGCGCAUGAGCGCCGCGAAGCGCGAAGAGGUCACCUACGAGGUAGUCAACACAUGGAUGAACAGCCAAAUCGUUAGCAAGCUGUACCGGGAGUUUAAGGCACACCUGGAAGAGGCGCGCAACAGGUCGACGAAGGGGCGGGCUCAUCACGGUGGCUAG